CGUGAUCCUCUCAACCACACCGAAUCUAUAAAUAAGUAUUUAUCAUGUUUUGCAAGAUCCUUACUGUGAUCGCCAUCUGUCUAGCAGCCUUGGCUGCCACCAAGCCCGUACCCGAGAACGAUUGUCCAACUGGGUCAGACUGUUUUGAGAUUGGUGUUAGCGAAGGCUUAUUUGUACCCUCUCCCGUGAACUAAUUACGAUCCCUGAGCUUUCCAUCCAUCAAGAAUGGCGGGCGCUGUUUCGCCUGGAAGUCUCUGCACGCUACUUAACCAUAGCCAUCCAAUUCACCUCAAGUCAGGUUGAAGAAAAAAAAAAAAAACAGGCGACGAUCUUUGCUACUUUCUAUCAUUUCACAUACUACUCUUCUACGAUUAUCUUAUGUGUAGCAAAUCCAGAAGAGUCAAAAUUUAUUAUAAGAUGUUAUCAUGUUCCUUCCCUUGUCUCGGUCUUCUUUUCUGGGAUCACCCCUUUUCUGCCCAACCUGAAUCAAUUCCAUGCUGCUUUUC